AUGUCAUAUUUAUUGCCGCAUUUGCAUAAUGGCUGGGAAGUUGAUCAGGCGAUCUUGAGUGAAGGCAAUAGGGUAGUUAUAAUAAGGUUUGGGCAUGAUUAUGAUAAUAUUUGCAUGCAGAUGGACGAGCUGCUGUAUUCAAUUGCCUACGACAUAAAGAAUUUCGGGGUUAUUUAUUUGGUGGAUAUUACAGAAGUGCCUGAUUUUAAUAGCUUUUAUGAAUUGUAUGAUCCUUGCUCGAUUAUGUUCUUUUUUAGGAAUAAAUUGAUUAUGGUUGACUAUGGAACCGGGAAUAAUUAUAAAUUGAACUUUUUACUUACAGAUAAGCAGGAAUUGAUUGAUAUGCCCAUUUAUAAUGAAUAUAAGCGUUGAGUUAUUUUAUAACUAUAUAAAAAAGUUACCAAUGUUGAUAUUUAUGAUAAAUGGGGAUAUUCUAGAAAACGUUUAUAGAGCAGCGACAAAGGGGAAAGGGCUAGCGAUUUCGCCAAAAGACUAUUCAACGAAGCACAGAUAUUAA